AUGAAACAGAGAAUUUUAUGUUACAACAGGUGCGGGAGCUACACUGCUUACACUGCUGGCAGUCCAGGCGACUUGGCCCUGCACACUGGCGCCGGCCUGAACUCCACCGAGGCGUUCCGGCACGCCCUGAGGGGAUCGCCCGACUGCCGGCCCCAGUCCGGGCGACACCCUCAGGCCCGGGCGGCGCCCGCGGGCGGCGGCGCGCUCGCCGCCGCCCUCGCCCAGCAGUGA